CUCUACAUUUAUAUAAGGUUCGAUUUACGUUACUCGCAUUAUUUUUCUGUUGCACAAUACAACUGAUGCGUUCUGGCUGUGUUGUUUUGGCCGAUAAAAAGUAAUAAUAAUUGUGUAACAAAUAGAACUGAAAUUUUUUUAACUCUUAAAAAAUUUCACAUACAUCAAAAGGAUAAGAAACAGUGAAAUAUGUAUGUAUCUUUGGCAGCAAUUGUAGUAAUUUUGCUUACGGCAUUUAUUCUCAAAGUUAAUAAGAAAAGAUAUUAUAAACUGAAAAGAAAUUUAGAAUUUGUUAUUUCACUGCCUGGUGCAUCUAUAUUAUCAUCCUUUAUCAACACAUUAAAAGUUGCUUGCAAUUAUAAAGAUUUAUUAGACUAUGUAGAAGAAACUACUAAAAAAUAUGGAAGUGUUACUCGACUUGUCUUAGGAACCGAUAUAUUUGUAUUACUUACGAAACCUGAAGAUUAUAAGCUCGUGCUUGUGAACGAAAAUGGUAACGACAAAAGCUCUGUGACCAAGCUGUGGGAUGUAUUUCUUGGUGACGGAGUUAUCAGAGCUUCAGGUACAACUCACAGGGUUCGCCGAAAAAUAUUACAGCCACUUUUGAAUCUUAAAAAUUUAUCCGAAUAUGUAACAUUUUUCGAUAGUUAUAGCAAUUACUGUGCGGACACUCUAGAGAAACAUGUCGAUGGUCCAAUAUUUGAUCUUAAACCGUACAUAGCGCGAUACUCGUUUAAUAUAUUUUUAGUGACAACAGUGGGUAUUCAAGGAGCUGCACAUAAAGGCGAAGAUGACGAGUUAUUAUAUUGGCAGGAAAAAUUGUUAAAAGAAUCAUUUAAAAGAGUAAUAAAACCGUGGCUACAGACGGAGUGGAUUUUUUCUCUGACAGAAGGCGGAAAACAAAUGAGUGCCGCUCGAAAAAUUGUGGAAGAUUUUAUCUACAGUAUAUCGUCACGAGAGACACCAAAGCAGACCGCUUUACAAUAUAAUGCUGAAAUGUUCGAAAAGUCAAAACCUAUUUUUAACAAUUAUUCGAAUCGUUUAGUACAGCUAUAUGAUGAUGUUACGAGCAAAUCAUGCGAAGUGAGCGACGAGAACUUCUUAGACGACAUUAGAAAUUUUUUGGUUGCUAUUCAAAAUACUACUACGGAAGUAGCAUCCUUCAUUAUGCUCAUGCUGGGAAUGCAUACAGAAGUACAAGAAAAAUUGAGAGAGGAAAUAUUAGUCACGUUUAAUAAUGAUAAGGUUGAUGCUCAACGUCUCCUUAGUAUGCGAUAUUUCCAAAUGGUGUUCCAGGAGACACUGAGAUUGUUUCCUAUAGCACCUGCCCUUUCGCGCGAACUUACUGGAGAUAUCAAGCUUGAAUCAUGUACUUUGCCGGAGGGAUGUUACAUUAUGAUUCCAAUAUUUGCCAUUCAUCGUAAUCCUGCGUACUGGCAUAAGCCGUUGGAAUUUAUUCCUGAACGAUUUUCGGCCGAAAAUUCGUCAAGCCGCCCUCGUUAUACAUAUAUUCCAUUUGGUACUGGUCUUAGGGAUUGUCUAGGUCAGAGAUAUGCACUCCUAUCCGUGGCCGCAAUUGUCGUAAAUCUGGUGCGACGAUUUCGAUUUACAACAGUCAGCAACAUAGCUGACGUUAAACUAGCAACCGAUAUUAUACUACGAACUCAAGAUGCUAGAUUGUCUAUAUCUCGUAUAUGAUUCAUUAUAAUAUUAAUGAUUUAUGGUAACUGUAAUAUUGGCAAACAUUAAUUAUAAUAGAUUAUUAUUCAAUUUUUUAUAGUGCGUUAAAAGUUACAGUUAAGAUACUUUCAAUAAAGCUAAAAUAAUGUCGCAAAAUGAUAUAACAUUAAUGUGCUGUAAUAAAUUUAAUAAAAAUAAAAAAAUUUACGUUCAAUA